CCAUUUUUAGUUACCUCUUUGCGCUAAUUGCAUCACGUAAGUUAAUUUCUCAUUUUAAUUUUAAUGUUUACGUCAUAUUUUAUAGAAAAUUCAACAUCUCCUGCGCCAACCACCGUUGGUGGAUCUAAUAACACUCUAAGCCAACAAUCUCUGGAUACAAUUGCGAAUCUUUUUGUAGGCAUAAUUACAGCAAUUAGAAAUUUUGUGAGCUUUCUAGCAAAUCAGGUGGCACCACCGGUAAUAGAAUUUUUCCAAAACAUUUUGACACUUGUUAAACAAAUUUCAAGCCUCGUAAAAAUAUUUGUUGGUUUAGGUGGUAUUAAUGGCGAUGUUGUUUUCAACGCCAUAGAUACCAUUGUAUCGAUUAUUUCAACUGUAUUAACACUCAUAUCGAAUGUAAUUAAAGCGAUUGGUUCUGCUGUUUCUAAGAGAUCGUUAGAUAUUAACAGCUUAUAUGAUAAUCUUAAUUCUACCGUUCAGAGUUAUCUUACCCAGAUUGAGGGAGAAAAUCAAAAACUUAUUAAGGAUCAACAUACUAAACAUCACCACUACGUCCAUAACAUCCACAAGAAAGUCCAUCAUCGUUAAAAAGAUGUCAAUUAUGUUUAAUAACAAUUAAAUAAAUUUUUAAACCUAA